AUGGAAACGCUCGGCGACCACCGACCGGGGAUAGUCGACAUUCAGACGAGUGUGUGCGCGUCUAACGGAGCCGAGCCUCCGCUGCGCCGCUCAGAGUCUGCGGAGACGCUCCCUGAACUGCCGCUCAAAAAGGGCGGGACAUCGGCGUCCGUUAGCCCCGCUGAUUCGACGGAGCUUGCGUCACUUACCGCCAAUAUUAAACUGUCUGCUGGAGGACUUGACAGGUGCAGAAUAAUGGGUCCCCUUACUACACCUAAGAAGGGGAUGGAGGUGGGCUCCGUCGAUCCCUGGACUCCGACGUCCAACCUGAAGAUACUGAUCAGCGCUGCGAGUCCAGAGAUCAGGAACAGAGAGAAGGAGCUGUGUCUGGACAGUGAGGAUCGGGACGCUCUGGACCCGACGCAGGACUUUGAAAACGGAGAAGAAUGUGAGAAAAUGAUUAGUAGAAAAGAUAAAAGUCUUGGAUUGCUGUGCCGUAAGUUCCUGGCCCGGUACCCAGACUACCCUAGAUCAGCCCUCAAUGACAUCUGCCUGGACGAUGUGGCCACCGAGCUGAAUGUAGAGCGCAGACGUAUCUAUGACAUCAUGAACGUGUUGGAGAGCCUCCACAUGGUGAGCCGCUCCGCAAAGAACCGUUACUCCUGGCACGGCCGAACCAAGCUGGAGGAGACGCUGGCCAUUUUGAAACAGGUCGGCGAGGAGCAGCGCUACGGCCAGCAGAUGCUGCAGAUUCGACAGCGCCUCCUGGACAGGGAGUUUGAGUGCGACGGCGAGGAGAAGGAGAACGCCGUGGCAGCCGCCGUAGAGGGCUGUGAGAACGGACAGAGGGAACUUUGCUUCGUGGAGCUUCCAGGAGUUGAGUUUAAAGCUGCCUCUGUCAACAGCAGAAAGGACAAAUCUCUGAGGGUGAUGAGUCAGAAGUUCGUCAUGCUCUUCCUGGUGUCCCAUCCUCGAGUGGUCAGUCUGGACGUGGCGGCCAAGAUCCUGAUCGGAGAAGACCACUGUCCAGAUCAGGACAAGAACAAGUUCAAGACAAAAGUGCGGCGACUGUACGACAUAGCAAACGUGCUGCGAAGCCUGAAGCUCAUCGAGAAAGUUCACGUGACAGAAGAGCGCGGCAGGAAGCCGGCCUUUGAAUGGGUCGGCCCUGAAGACCUCCCACCGGUUCAAAACUCUAAGAAGAAAAGUGUGCUGCAGCCCUGCGCCUCGGUGGAAAACUGUGCCAAAAACCUUUUUUCAUCCACCGCCACCAAGCGCAGCUUCACCCGUCACCCCUCCCUGAUAAAGCUCGCCAAGAAGAUCCAGGAUGACCGCCGCAAGAUCAACUCCGCCCCCAGCAGUCCGGUCAAAUGUACCUUUAGCGACAUGAACACAGGCGCUCCUAAUAAAAUGGCCCAGCUGGCUGCUAUCUGUAAGCAGGAACUGGACCAGGAGUCGGUACCUGCAGAAAAUCUUCGUCCUGCUUUUAAAGACGGCUCAUCUGCAGACAGGUUAUGGUUGCCCACCUCCAUGGAUCCACCAACGGCGCCCUCUUUAGUAAUGCGGGACCCUGAGGCCGUCGCCCUCGCACCUCCAGCUAGACCGCCUGCAGGCUCCGUCACGUACAUCCCCACGCAGUGUUCGCCGCUGAUUCCCGUCAUCCUGCCUCAGCAACAUGGGGGCGGGCCCUACGCCGUCUACGUGCACCCCUCCGCCCUCAGGCCCAACGCCCCGGCCAGGCCGCAGCCGACCAGCCUCGCGGUGCGCUCCAUGACCUUUGAGGAGAAAACGGGCCAGAGCGCCUCUGACUGUUGCGCGGCUGAAAGCCCGCGGGCUCCUGCCGCGGCGGGCGGGAGCCCCUCGUCUCUGAAACGUUUGUUUUCAGACGCCAGUUCAGACGGCAGCCCAUCUAAAGCCAAGAAACCCGACCCCAACUGUAAG